UAGUCUGUCUAUACAAAUCAUAUACAUCAAGUCAAAGUACUGUUACAUACAUACGCAUAGUGAAUCCUUAACGAGAUCUCCACUAUUUCCUAGAAGUUCUCCAGGCUCCUUUGCGCUGACGUGCAUGUGAGCACACAGCCAUAUACAUACAUACACUUGCAGUGAGAUGCAGAGGGCACUAUGUGGCAUAUGCAGUGUGCACAUACCCACUUACAAGCUGGAACAGGGCUAGCUGUGUUAGCAGAGCACUCAUGCUUCCCGCACACUUCCUGCACAUAAAUUCCCGUGUGUGUGUGAGAUUAAUUUGAGAGGAAAACCAGCUAGAAAAGAGAGAUUCAUCUAAAUGUUUAUUCGAGUCCAGCCCCAACUUGAAGGCCCCUCCCAGGCCCCAAACGAACCUGGUCCACCUUAUGCACACGCACACAUAUACUUACACACACUGCACAGAUCAAGGUGUGUUUGUCUUUCCUAUCCAAACUUCUAUCCAAAAUUUUUUUUGGAGCAGGUAUUUCCCCCUCCUCCCUGACAAACUAUACACACACACACCUUAUGGAGACAGGUCCGAGAGGGGACGUCUCUGAACCUACUGUGUGUGUGUGUGUGUGUGAGUGUAUUGAUAACCUGAGGGUCUCUCUGUGUGUGAAUCAGUCUGUGUCUGGUAGCCGAGCCUGUCGUUAGGACUCCCGCUGCAUUCAGGAUGGCGUUGCUGGCGUUUGUGAUGCUGCUCUGCAUCGUGGGAACACAAGCCACUGUAGACUUCAGAAAUGCUGCUGCUAUGGCUGCAGGGCUGUGCAAUACCAAGCCCAUUGACCUGGUGUUCAUCAUCGACAGCUCUCGGAGUGUGCGGCCCUCUGAGUUCGAGCAGGUCAAGGUCUUCCUCACCAAAGUCAUAGAAGGUUUGAAUGUGGGGCCUGAUGCUACACGCGUGGGUGUGGUGAACUACGCCAGCCGGGUGAAGAACGAGGUGUCUCUGAAGUCCCACAAGACAAAGGCUGGCCUGAUCAAGGCCGUGUCAAAGAUUGAGCCGCUGUCUUCUGGCACCAUGACCGGCCUGGCCAUUCAGUUUGCUAUGAACGUGGCCUUCAGCGAGGGAGAGGGGGCACGCACCAAAUCCCCAGAUAUCAGCAAGGUGGCUAUCAUUGUUACGGAUGGCCGGCCACAGGAUAACGUGCGUGACAUUGCAGCAAGAGCACGGGAGUCAGGCAUUGAGAUUUUUGCUAUUGGUGUGGGCCGGGUGGACAUGAACACGCUGAAGCAGAUGGCCAGCGAGCCUCUGGAGGAGCACACGGACUACGUGGAGAGCUACAGUCUCAUCGAGAAGCUCACCAAGAAGUUCCAGGAGGCAUUCUGUGUGUCCGACCUGUGCGCGACAGGUGAUCAUGACUGUGAGCAAAUUUGCAUCAGCGUGCCUGGAUCGUUCAAGUGUGCCUGCAGGGAGGGCCACACACUCAAGGCAGAUGGUCGUACCUGCAGUGCCUGCAGUGAUGCUACCACAGAUGUAGUCUUCCUGAUAGAUGGCUCGAAGAGCGUGAGGCCUGAGAACUUUGAGCUGGUGAAGAAGUUUAUCAAUCAGAUUAUAGACAAGCUGGACGUGUCAGACAGGGGAACACACGUGGGCCUGGUGCAGUACUCUAGUGCUGUAAAGCAGGAGUUCCCUCUCGGACGCUACACCACCAAGAAAGACCUGAAGGAAGCGGUAAAGAAGAUGGACUACAUGGAGCGUGGGACCAUGACUGGCCAGGCUCUCCGAUUCCUGCUGGACAACAGCUUCACACCCGGUCAGGGCGCCAGGCCAGGAGUGGCUAAGGUGGGCAUUGUCUUCACCGAUGGUCGAUCACAGGACUACAUUGGAGAUGCAGCAAGAAAGGCCAAGGAAAAUGGCUUCAAUAUGUAUGCUGUGGGAGUAGGAAAUGCUGUUGAGGACGAGUUGAAAGAGAUUGCAUCUGAACCAGUUGGUGAUCAUUACUUCUAUACUGCCGACUUCAAAACCAUGAACCAGAUCGCCAAGAAGCUGCAAAUCAAUACUUGUCCAGUGGAGGACCCCUGUGAAUGUGAUUCUAUUACUAAGUUCCAGAAGAAAGUGGAGGAGGCACUACAGGCAUUAACAAAGAAAUUGGAGGGCGUAACAAAGAGGAUCACUGCUCUGGAGAACAAGAUUGUUUGAGGGAGCAUCACCUUUUCUUACAACCCCACCCCUCGCACCUUUUGUAAAAUACCCCUCAGUCACCUCCUGUGACUUCUGACCUCUUUGCUUUCUUUUCCCUUUUGCUUUCAUCACUAAAUUCCACAGGGAUGAAGCACUGAUCUGAUCAUGACUCUGACAUACCUGAUUUCACCAUUACAGGAAAGGGAAGAUAUGUGUGAGCAUUGAAUAGCCUUUCCUUUGAGACCCUAUGUGCAUUAAAAGAAACAUAAGAACAAUUAGGAGUCCUUGCAGGAAGCAUACUGUAAGUCUUUAAAAGUUCUCAAUGAAAGUGCAUAUAUGUUAAGGGUGCGCUCUACCAGUUUGUACCUUCUGUAGUGA